AUGGAGAAGAAGUUAAGGAUAAAGAAGAAAGUAUGGAUGGGGAAGAAGUUUGGGAUGGAGAAGAAGUUUGGAAUGGAGAAGAAUCUACUAAUUAAGGAAGCAGAACAAGUUAAGGAGGAUGGAGAAGAAGUUAGGGAAGGAGAAAAAGUGAAGAAUGAAGAACAAGUUAGGGAAGGAGAAGAAGUUAAGGAUGGAGAACAAGUUAGGGAAGGAGAAGAAGAAGUUAAGGAUGGAGAAGUAGUUUGGGAUGGGGAAGAAGUGAAGGAAGGAGAAGAAGUUAAGGAAGAAGAAGAAGAAGUAGUUUGGAUGGAGAAGAAGUUAAGGGUAAAGAAGAAAGUAUGGAUGGGGAAGAAGUUUGGGAUGGAGAAGAAGUUAAGGAUGGAGAAGAAGUUUGGGAUGGAGGAGAAGUUUGGAAUGGAGGAGAAGAACCGAAGUAUGGAGAAGAAGUUAAGGAAGAAGAAGUUUAGGAAGGAGACGAAGUCAAGGAAGAAGAAGUUUUGGAUGGAGAAGAAGUUAAGGAUAAAGAAGAAAGUAUGGAUGGGGAAGAAGUUUGGGAUGGAGAAGAAGUUUGGAAUGGAGAAGAAUCUACUAAUUAAGGAAGCAGAACAAGUUAAGGAGGAUGGAGAAGAAGUUAGGGAAGGAGAAAAAGUGAAGAAUGAAGAACAAGUUAGGGAAGGAGAAGAAGUUAAGGAUGGAGAACAAGUUAGGGAAGGAGAAGAAGAAGUUAAGGAUGGAGAAGUAGUUUGGGAUGGGGAAGAAGUGAAGGAAGGAGAAGAAGUUAAGGAAGAAGAAGAAGAAGAAGUUUUGGAUGGAGAAGAAGUUAAGGGUAAAGAAGAAAGCAUGGAUGGGGAAGAAGUUUGGGAUGGAGAAGAAGUUAAGGAUGGAGUAGAAGUUUGGGAUGGAGGAGAAGUUUGGAAUGGAGGAGAAGAACCGAAGUAUGGAGAAGAAGUUAAGGAAGAAGAAGUUUAG